AUGAGUCAAGUUAUACCAGUUCUUAAAGGCAACCGUCUUUUCCGAUUUGUUACUGAAUCCCACCCAGCACCCUGUGCAACGAUUACUUCUGUACAGGACGAUGAAGCUGUUGUUGACGAUGACGAAGAGAAACCCACCGUCGUCGCAAAUCAUGAGUUUGAAGCAUGGGAGGAGAAAGAUCAACGAAUCAUAAGUUGGCUCCUCUCUACUUUAUCAGAUUCCAUUCUUGCUCAAGUUGUUGGCGACGCAUGUGAGACCUCUUCGUGUCUUUGGGCUACACUUGAAAGAAUGUUCGCAACACAAUCUAGAGCUCGUUUGGUUCAGUUGCGACUACAACUCCAGACUCAGAAGAAAGGUAAUAAAUCAAUGAAUGAAUACCUUCAAUCUAUAAAAUCUAUAGCAGAUUCGCUUGCAGUAAUUGGUGAGGGAGUUUCUGAACUCGAUUUGUUCACUCAUACCUUGAGUGGCCUUGGACCAGAAUACGAGGCCUUAGUGGUUGCUGUAACCACCCGUUUCGAACCGGUGAGUGUCGAGGAACUCACUGGACUUCUACUCAACCACGAAUAA